AUGCAUGACAAAGUUUCGACAAAUAAUAUUAAUUCGUCUACAUGUAAUGAUAAUAAUUCAACUUCAGUUCCAACAAAUAUUCUCAGUUCAUCUAUGAAUACUUCGAGUUCAUUAACUUCUCCUGCUGCUAAUCUUAUCUUCAAGCAAUCAACAACUAUUAAUACACAAGCAUUGUUACCUUCACCAAUUAAAAUUCUAUCAAGUGAUCCAUGUACAACAAUGACAACAUUAACAUAUUCGUCAAUCUUGCAACCAAUCGUUGUCGAUGAAAGUAAUAUUUCACCACUACUUGAUCCUUCAUCUUAUAGUGAUCUUCAACCAUGUUCACUCAAUAUGAGUUGUGAACCAUCUCGAAGUCUUGAAUUAACAGUAUCGAGUAAUCAACAAAAUACAAGUAAUUAUGAUGAAAAGCAUUUAUUUACCACAGGCAUUGAUUGGAAUCUUUCAUCUAGUCAUAUUAGUUGCUCUACGUGA